CAAAUUCACUAAUCAAAAUGGAUCAAGGAACUCAGAGAUACUCAUUCAUGAGUUCACAGAGCGAAACAGGAAACGACUGGGAACUUGUAGACCACAAAGAGUCCAAAGACAUCGACCCAGAUUACAAAAUGCAACUCAAGUUCGAAACCAGGAAGACUUCAGAUCUCAGCAUUAGCAGCAGAAACCCAAAGCUGAAGAAGAUUGAACCAGACCUGGAAGAAACCUCUAAAACCUUCAAAGAAACUUACUCAAAGAGAGGAUUUAAGGACAGGUUUGCUAAGAAGCCUCCUAAGUUUUCACUAAACUAUGAGGAGGCAAGCGAACGUGCGUCCUACUUCACAAUUUCUGAUGAGAAACCGUGUUGUUUUGGUCUCUUUGAGUGGAGUUUCUUUAAAAAGAGAAGAUCAACUAAAAGACUGUCUUCUUUCACUUCAAUCUAAAUAACAUCAAAAUCAGGGGAAUUGACAAUUCUCAAUUUUUGAAGUUCACAAUCUUAUAUUUAAUCAUCCAAUAACUGUUCACCAACAUAAAGACUCCAAUUAGUCUCUUCACAGAA